GCAAGCGCUCGAAGUGGAGUGAACGAGGAAAGGAUUGAAGGAGAGAGACAUGACAAAAUAUCAAAAGAGGGAAAGCACGCUGUACCAUGCGAGCUAAAUUUGUGACCGCUGGAAUUGAGGAUGUCGGAUUAAUGGUGACUAUCAUAACCCGUUUUCGCAGAGGAAGCUUUUCGAUUGGAACUUUCGAACAGAAGGUCCGCGGGGAAACAUGGCCGAAGGAGGGGCGGGUAAAGGUGGCGGAGAAGACGAAGCCAAGUCGACGGAGCAAGAAGAGCGAAUUCGGCCCCAGCUUCUGUCAGGAACAGGCUACUGCAAGUGGUUUAAUGUUCGAAUGGGGUUCGGAUUUAUAUCAAUGACCAGCAGCGAGGGGAGCCCCGUAGAUCCCCCUCUGGAUGUAUUUGUUCACCAAAGUAAACUGGUGAUGGAGGGCUUCCGCAGCCUGAAGGAGGGCGAGCAGGUGGAGUUCACCUUUAAGAAGUCCUCCAAGGGCCUGGAGUCCCUGUGGGUGACGGGGCUGGGUGGGGGACCGUGUGCGGGCAGCGAAAGGAGACCCAAAGGGAAGGUCCCGCCCCAGAAGAACCGCAAACCAAAGGGAGACCGCUGUUAUAACUGUGGAGGUCUGGACCACCAUGCCAAGGAGUGUGGCCUGCCCCCCCAGCCAAAGAAAUGCCACUACUGCCAGAGCAUCAGGCACAUGGUGGCCCAGUGUCCCCACAAGGUGCUGGCGGCCCCCACAGGCUUUCAGGACCCCCUGCACCCCUCUACCUCGACCCACCUGUACCCCGCCGACGAGGAGAAGCGCUCGGGCUCGUCCCCCCUUGAGGGCCCCUCGCCCUCCCCAGAGGAGCUACCCCAGUCACACCGCGUUGGCCCCCAGAGGGGGAGGAAAUAGGGGGAGAGCUGUACCUCCCGACCCCUGACUCUCCUCACCUAAGGAACCCCCCUUAACCCCCACCCCUAAUCUACCUCGCACUUGUGGAAAUAAUAGGUCUAUUUUUGGCAGGACCAGCGCAGCUAUGGCAACGAUCGUCAGGGGUACGGAUGUAUGUGACUGACUGGCUGUGGCAGCUAUGACAACCAUUGCUGGGGAUAUGGAUGCAUGUGAAUGACUGUCUCUUUGUGUGUGACUGGUCUCAAUCAGUGCAGCUCAAGAGACGAUAUGGUCUUAAAGAGAAACAAGGUUGGCGGUGAAUCUAAUGACUCUCUGGGUUAGAUGAUGUCAUCCAUAACUCUUUCUGUGGCAAUUUCUGAAUAGGACUCGCUUCUCUUUUAGAUUUUGGUCCACCUGGUUCAUAUUUAUAUUAUAUAACCGUUCCAAAGGUCAUGAUGCGGCGAUCCAGCAGAGUUAAUUUUAAGCAUUAAGGAUUUUAAAUAAGGCCUUGAUGUAGGCCAGUGCUUCUUAAUCCUGUGAAUUUUAGUUGUAUCCUUCGCAUCUACACACUAGAUUCAACUAAUCAACUCACCACCAACUUGUUCUACUUUUUUUCUAAGAGUGUGGGAUCAGGAUUGAUAGGCCCUGUAUCAAAACAAUGGAACCUCAACCAAUCAGAAGCAAAAUUAUUCUUUAAUGUGGCCUAUCCAAUCAGUGUAGAGGAGAUUACCAUGGAUACUAGAGUGAAUGUCAUACCUACCAGUAGCCUAACUGUCACUCCUGAACCACAGAAUAUUUUCUAGUUCAGUGGUACUGACAAUUGACUGCAGAGUGCAUAGCAUUGAAUCCAGGCAUGUGUGCAUACUUGCUUGUGUGUGUGAGUGGGGUUGUGAGUGGAGUUGUGUGUGUGUGUGGGCUUUUGUAUGUGGGUGCGAGAGACGUUGACCCUUUCACAAAACAACAGUGGCAGACGAGAAGUUUCAUCUUUCAGAUUAGGGGCCAACCUCUAGCUGGACUUGCUAUUAACAAUAAUAUUUCAUAUAAUCCUACACAUGCCUCAUAAGAAACCAUAUAAUCAAUAUCCACCGAUAGGUUUGUUUCAAAACAGAAAAAAAUACCAUUAUUUAAUUGGACUAGAUCUAGAGUUGGGUUGCUGGCUAAUUAGUUGAACAGUUUAUAAACUCACAAUAUAUGUCAGUAAUAUAUGUAUGAAAGAAUAGCAUAUUAUUAAAAUGUAAGUAAUAUUCUAACAUAGUUUAAGAAAGCUCUGUAUUGUGCGUAGGAUUCUUUGUCAAGUUAACACAGCGUUAUGUUAAAGCACCAUCACACCCCUCUCUCCCUUGACCUGUGUGACAUCACUAUCUCCUUCACUCUACCCCUCUAUCACAAGCUAUCCCCUCUCCUCCUUUGACCUGUGUGACAUCACUAUCUCCUUCACUCUACCCCUCUAUCACAAGCUAUCCCCUCUCCUCCUUUGACCUGUGUGACAUCACUAUCUCCUUCACUCUACCCCUCUAUCACAAGCUAUCCCCUCUCCUCCUUUGACCUGUGUGACAUCACUAUCUCCUUCACUCUACCCCUCUAUCACAAGCUAUCCCCUCUCCUCCUUUGACCUGUGUGACAUCACUAUCUCCUUCACUCUACCCCUCUAUCACAAGCUAUCCCCUCUCCUUUGACCUGUGUGACAUCACUAUCUCCUUCACUCUACCCCUCUAUCACAAGCUAUCCCCUCUCCUCCUUUGACCUGUGUGACAUCACUAUCUCCUUCACUCUACCCCUCUAUCACAAGCUAUCCCCUCUCCUCCUUUGACCUGUGUGACAUCACUAUCUCCUUCACUCUACCCCUCUAUCACAAGCUAUCCCCUCUCCUCCUUUGACCUGUGUGACAUCACUAUCCUUCACUCUACCCCUCUAUCACAAGCUAUCCCCUCUCCUCCUUUGACCUGUGUGACAUCACUAUCUCCUUCACUCUACCCCUCUAUCACAAGCUAUCCCCUCUCCUCCUUUGACCUGUGUGACAUCACUAUCUCCUUCACUCUACCCCUCUAUCAAAAGCUAUCCCCUCUCCUCCUUUGACCUGUGUGACAUCACUAUCCUUCACUCUACCCCUCUAUCACAAGCUAUCCCCUCUCCUCCUUUGACCUGUGUGACAUCACUAUCUCCUUCACUCUACCCCUCUAUCACAAGCUAUCCCCUCUCCUCCUUUGACCUGUGUGACAUCACUAUCUCCUUCACUCUACCCCUCUAUCAAAAGCUAUCCCCUCUCCUCCUUUGACCUGUGUGACAUCACUAUCUCCUUCACUCUACCCCUCUAUCACAAGCUAUCCCCUCUCCUCCUUUGACCUGUGUGACAUCACUAUCUCCUUCACUCUACCCCUCUAUCACAAGCUAUCCCCUCUCCUCCUUUGACCUGUGUGACAUCACUAUCUCCUUCACUCUACCCCUCUAUCACAAGCUAUCCCCUCUCCUCCUUUGCCAUCAAGUGCCUAGGGCCUGGAGGUUCUCCCUGACUUAAUUAGGUAAACCUCAGAAUCCUAGAUAAAGGCCCAGUAACAGUCAAGUCUACAUACCCUCUAGGUCUGUGUGAUGUCACAAUCCCCCUCAAAACAGGAUUCCAAAACACCGCUGCCGUGUUCCAAAUAGUCCAGAGAUUUACUAAGACAGGAAGGAGGGAGGCAGAAAAAACUCAAAUGCUGGUUUUCGUAUGACGUGAAUCCUCUGCGACUUUCCAGUAGCGCGUAUCCUAAUGAAACGUGACAACUCUUCUCUGACCAUAUUGAAUGUGAAAAUAACUUCUCUGAAGUGGCACUCCACCCAAAAGUUAAUGUGGCUCACUUUGGAAAUGUAUCUUAAUGUGCUGACAAAUCAAAUGACUUUGUAUGAUGAUAUCAAACUAGCUUGUGUUUUCUAAAGCUCUAAAACAAACUAUGUAGGUAACCAACUGUUUUUGGUAUACAUUUCUGUACCAAAGAGUAUGGCUUCAUUUGAAGGCAUUUUAAAAGUAGGAAUUGUCGCUUUGAUGUUCCUGCUCCUUUGGAAUUUCUAGGGACGAUUGCUGAAAGUUCAACACUGAGGUUGUUUAUGUACAGCUUUUUGAAUGUGUGACAUGCAUCGAAAUAAAUCCAACAAGUGCACAACAA